UUUAUCAAUGUGUAUUGGUGCUUUUUAGCAUCAUGCCAAAAGAAACCAAAACCACGGAGUGCACUAUGGAGAAGAAGUUGAAGCCGUGUUGUGCAUGUCCGGAGACCAAAAAGGCUCGAGAUCAGUGCAUAAUGGAAAACGGUGAAGAAAAAUGUGGCAAGUUCAUCGAAGCUCACAAGAAAUGCUUACGAGAUGCAGGAUUUGAUGUAUAGAAGUCUUCGAAGCGGUAUUCUACAUCUUACCUCUAGUCUCCAUGCUUUCGAGUGAGCCUUGCAUCUCAUGCUUGUUGUUAUUUGCUCACCAUUGUUGCCUUUGAUUUUUUUUUGUCAGGAUAGGUUUUCUUUGUUGAUAUUGUGUUUCGUUAACAUAUAGGACCAGAUCGCUAGUUCAUAUGCUCGGUGCGUGUACC